AUUUAGUAAAAUUUUAGCAAGAAAUGGAGACUCUGAGUGAAUUUAAGAAGUUGAAGCUUCUGACGCAGAAUAUUGACUUAAUAAUAGGAAGAGUGGUCGAGAAAAUACAAGUGAGGUCUUUAAAAGAUGAAGACAACAAAGAUGAAAGUGAAGAUUUAAGUUGAGACCAAACCAGCCAAGUUGAUACAAUUCAUAUUAGUAGUAGAGGUCAGCCUAAUAAGCAUCAAGUAGAGAUUGAAGUGCCUUUAAGCGUCAGUAGUAGCUCUACUCCGUCAGUGCAGACAGAGGAAACUGAUUUGGGUUCUAUUGAUGACUCAUUUAUCUCAAAGACUACAGAAUCGACUAAUCUGAUGUCUAAUACUCUGAUUGAAUCGCAAAAAGAACCUUCUUAUGUUUAUAAACAACUUGAUGAGAAUCCAGAGUAUAUUAAGCUGCUCCAGAAAUUUAUCACUUAUUCUCCUCAUAAGAGAUUAAAAUAGGUUUGGCAAGAUUCUAUCUUGAGUUUUUGGGACAAAUCUCAAGAAAUACAAAGUAUACAGAAUUGCAUUACUUAAAGAAGAAAGAUCAGAUAAAAUUUAUGAAAAGAAUUAUGCCAUCUUUAAAGAUUUCGCUUUACAGAUUCAAGGUGUUUUAUUCAUGCAUGCAUCAACUGAAAGACCUCUAGAUAGAGCAUAUCUUUUUAGAGAUAGUGAAUUAAAUAGCCACCACGAGGCUGCGUACAAGAAAUUAAAGCCAUUCUUCCUCAAAAAGAGAUAUCUAAAAUACAAAACCAGAGAGGGUAAGAUUGAAAAAUGCUCUUCUGAGUACAAAGUAGUCAACGACUCGAAGAAAAUCCAAGUUUUCGAAACCGUAUACGACCCUAUACACCUGUCUGACCUCCGUGUGAUCGCAAAGGACCUUAUAAUAGACCUCUAAUCUCUACUUCAAUCACUUGUA